AUGAAUCCGCUUCCAGAUGAACAACCAACCGGCGAGCAACCCGUGUCUCCGUCUCAGCGCCGAUUCAGUGCAACUGAGCCUCUAGACGAACUCCAAACCACUCUUCCCGCGACCCUGUCUGAGAACCCUAGCCUCGAUGUCCGCUCCAUUCCCAAAACAUCAGCCGAAAGGUGUCAAGUAGCGAGUAUCGCGGCAUCCGUGGAUCAAGAUAUUCAUCUCGCGGAGAGGAUCACGGCGCAGGAGGACACUGGAAAUGGCUUACCGCCCUCGUAUGCAGAGGAAACCGUGCUAUACCUGGCUUAUGGCUCAAAUCUAGCCUCGAAGACUUUCCUCGGCAUGCGUGGGAUCAAACCUAUAUCGAAAAUCUCCGUCCUUGUUCCAGAGCUGCGGCUUACAUUCGAUCUCCCCGGAUUACCUUAUGCCGAGCCCUGUUUCGCUGGUACUGAGUUUCGAGAUCCCGAGACACUACCCGAUCAAGAAUCCGAAUCUGAAGUCGAGGUUGAGGAUAAACUACUCACGGAAAGCGAGUAUUUAUCCGAGAAAGCAUCCUUACUGGUUGAGACAAAAGAGGUUCACGAGGAUACCGUAUCAAGACCACGAUGGGAUAAACCUCUUGUAGGUGUUGUUUACGAGGUCACUCUAGUCGACUAUGCCAAGAUUAUCGCGACAGAAGGCGGCGGCCGUGGAUACAAAGAUGUAGUCGUGGACUGUUUCCCUUUUGCAGAGGACUAUAUACCCACCAACCCCGUCCCAUCUCACCCGUCUACCCAGUCCUUCAAAGCACACAGUCUUCUCUCUCCGUCCGCUGACGAAGCACGGAAGAAAAUCCACGCUGCUAAGACUGGCGAAUGCUCUGUUGCAUGUCGUGGACAGAUAUUCAGGGAAGUUGGAACGCAUCUGCGUCCGGACCCGGAGUAUGCACAGCCUUCUGCGCGAUACUUGGGAUUGCUUAUGACUGGUGCUGAAGAGCAUGAUCUGCCUUGUUCGUACCGGGAUUACCUUUCUCGGAUUCAUCCAUACUCAGUCACGAGGACUCGUCAGAAAAUUGGGAAAAUAGCUUUCCUCGCUGUAUGGGCUCCGCCAGUUCUUAUCAUGCUGGGUUUCUCUAGGAAAUUUGCCGGACCUGAUGGACGGAGUCCUCCGUGGCUGAUCUCCAUGUCAAAUGCGGUGUGGGCGGGGAUGUGGCAUAGCUAUGAUUAUUUCUUCAAGGGGAUAUUUGGAGAUGGCGAGAGGACUAUUGGUUAUACCCUGGCGAAGUGA